AUGGCGUCCGAGACAGCACCACCACCGCCGUCCGCACCAGCCUCUUCCUCCACCGAACCAUCUCGCAAGCCCUCCCUCCUCGACGCAGCAAAGACCAUCUCGCCCCUCACCGACCUCCAACGCCUCCCCUCCAUGCCCUGCGCACGCACUUCCCUGCUGUUCGGAAUCGUAGCGGGCGCAUCAAUAGGCGGGAUGCGGUUUGUCUUUUCGAGAGCGGGGAGGAGGGGGACGUUGAGAGGGGAUACGGCGGGUCCGUGGAGCGAGGUUGGGAGCGCGGCGAAUUGGGCGGUUGCGGCGUGGGGAAUCGGAAGUUUAGGAGCUUGGGAAACCUGCCGCGCCCGUCAAACAGCCGAACAAGCGCGUAUGCAAGCCCUCGUAACGGAAAUCAAGGCGCGGAGAGCCGCCAAAUCUGCGUCUUCCUCCGCUCAGUCUAUAUCUCAGGAGCGGGAGAAACCUAUAGGAGGGAUCUUGGUGGGUGAGAAGGGGAAGGAGAUACUGAGGGAGCGGGGGGUCGAGGUGAGGGACGGACAGGUUGAGGACGGGCGGGGGAAGGAGAAGGAACGGACGUCGUGGUGGAGUCGGAGGAUAUGA